CAACCCAAUCUCUACUCUCCUUCACACCCAAACCCACAACCCCAAUCCGCCGUGUUCUUCUCUCCACAUCCGCCACAAUGCACGCACCAACCACCCGCAACGUGGCCGUCAUCGGCGCCGGAGCCGCCGGCUUAGUCGCCGCACGUGAGCUCCGGCGAGAAGGCCAUAAAGUUGUAGUCUUUGAGCGAGGAGACCAAUUGGGUGGCACCUGGGUCUACACUCCCGAAGUCGAGUCCGACCCAAUUGGGUCCGACCCAGAUAGAUCCGUAGUCCACACCAGCCUGUACCAGUCUCUCAGGACUAAUCUCCCGAGAGAGGUCAUGGGUUUUAGGGACUACCCAUUUGUGGCCAAGGAGGGAGAUGUGGAGAGAGACCCGAGAAGGUUUCCGGGUCACAGAGAGGUGUUGAUGUAUUUGAAGGAGUUUGCUGAGGUGUUUGGGGUGUGUGGGAGUGUGAGGUUUGAGAGUGAGGUGGUGUUUGUGGGUUUGGUGGAGGGUGGGAAGUGGGAGGUGAGGACUAGGAGUAAGAGAGGUGAGGAGUUUGAUGAGGUUUAUGAUGCUGUGGUUGUUUGUAAUGGUCAUUAUACUGAGCCUCGCAUUGCCAAUAUUCCAGGCAUUGACACAUGGAAAGGGAAGCAAAUUCACAGCCAUAAUUAUCGCACGCCUGAGCCAUAUCGAGACCAGGUUGUGAUAUUGAUAGGGAGCUCUGCUAGUGCUGUUGAUAUUUGUCGGGACAUUGCAGGAGUUGCCAAAGAAGUCCACAUUGCAUCUAGAUCUCUUCCUGAUGAAACAUUUGAGAAGAUGCCUGGCUAUGAUAAUAUGUGGCUUCAUUCUAUGGUCAAAAGUCUGACGGAAGAUGGUGGUGCUGUUUUCCCAGAUGGGAAUGUUGUCCGUGCUGAUGUUAUUCUUCACUGCACAGGGUACAUUUAUAGUUUCCCGUUCUUGGAGACCAAUGGCAUUGUGACUGUGGAUGACAACCGUGUGGAGCCACUUUACAAGCAUGUCUUCCCACCCGCCUUGGCUCCGUCACUAUCCUUUGUUGGGUUACCAUGGAAGGUUGUUCCUUUCCCCUUGUUUGAAUUACAAAGCAAGUGGAUAGCAGGUCUCUUAUCUAAUCGAAUUACACUUCCAUCUGAAGAGGAGAUGAUGGAGGAUGUCAGAGCCUUCCACAAUUCACUUGAAGCUUCUGGCAUACCUAAACGAUACACUCAUAACAUGGCUACUUAUCAGUUUGAAUAUGAUGAUUGGCUUGCUGCUCAGUGCGGUUGUCCAGUGUCUGAAGAAUGGAGAAAGCAAAUGUACUCAGCAGUUUCGAAGUAUAGGCGUGCUUGUCCAGAGACAUACCGGGAUGAGUGGGAAGAUGACCAAUUAAUAUUGCAAGCUCAGGAAGACUUCAAGAAUUACACCUGACUUCAUUUGGUCAUGAACAACUGAUAGCAAAUCAGUUGUAUAAUCUUGUUGUGUUCCUUUCUUCUAUGUUUGGAAUUGAGUUUCUCCAUAUAGUAUUCUGGGCUCAAGUCACAAUGUUGUAUUAUGUACCAUUUCUUCUCAAUAAGAUGUUGAACACGAGUAACUUGUAGAUGAAACACAUAAAGGUCGAGCUGCUUUCUUUGUUUGCUGUAGACUAUAAAGUUUGAGUAACCUCCAUUGCGUCCAUUC